UACGUAGUACGUACGUCAAGCCGACUCAAGCCUGCCCUCAGGUGCACGUGCGUCGUACACGCGACUACGUGAGCGUGACCUACUAUUGGUUCGUCGAAUAACGUUGUUUGUAGUCACGUGGGCUACUGUCGUAUAUUUCGUUUGUAAUUUGUUUUGUAUCCACAUCCACAAGGAACAGUGCGAACCUUACCCAACGAAGGAGAAAUACGUAAUUAAAGCGUUCAGUGGUUAAAGUGUCUGUUUCGUUUGGGGUUUUCGUUCAUAUAGUUUUCCUAGUUAACAUUACUAACUAAAAUAACUUGUGUGAAAUAAAAUUUAAAAUAAUUAUGGGAUAAAGUGUAAUAAACAUAUUUACGAACAAAAUGGAAUGGGUUUUAAGAAGUCCACAAAUCCACAGCAGUUUCGGGAAUCUUGGUUUCCUACAUGCUGAUGGAUAUCACGUAAACGAGAAUUGCAACAAUGUCCUGGAAUCUAUUUUACACAAUAUUUUAAGUGAAGACGAGUAUUUGCGAACGUAUCGUAGAAGCAUCAGUUUUGGGCAGAAUGUCAAGAAGGACCUUAUACCACUUUUAAUCCAUACUAAAGAUGAUAAAACUAUUGAAUUAUUAAUAAGGAUACUAGUUAAUUUGACUAUUCCUAUCGAAUGUUUGCUUUCUGUUGAUGAAAUCUCCAAAAAUGAUUUCGGACGUCAUACUAUAUUCGAAAUAAACAAUUUACUUGCAACAACGAAAAUGGCAUUUACAGAUCAACGAGCAACUAAAGUUGUAAUAGAUUUUUUAAAAAAGAAUUUUGAUCUUGAACAAAAGACAAUGUUAACCAUUGAGCAAUGUACAAAUAUAAGUAACAGCCUACUUUUGCUGAGAAAUAUAUUACACAUACCAGAGAAAACUCCCACUCAGAGUCCAACUUUCAACGGGCCUGUUCACUCGAUCCAAAACCAAAUCAUAUGGAAUAUCUUUAGCCAAAGUAUCGACAAAGUCCUCAUUAAGUUGAUGAUAAUUCCUGAUGCGGCAAAAUGGGCGGUUACAAUGAUUCAAUUCAUAGCCUUGCUUUAUAAAAAUCAACAUGCUGUGACAUUACACAAACUCCUCAAUUUAUGGUUAGAGUCAUCUUUGUCAGAAAGCUCUGAGGAUAACGAGAGCAAUACCUCUCCGCCGGAUCGUGGAAGUGAUGACUCCUCACCGAUAUUGACGUCAGAUCCCACGUCCGAUUCGUCAGACACAGGGGGCAGCGGUAAGAGCAACGAUGAACCAAAUUCAGUGAAUAACGGAUGGGAUGCUUCUUCUGUUAAUAACACUAGUGAGAACGGAAGCCAGACCUCUCAGACGCACAAUGAUUCUGAGUCACCAAGGAAAAAUGCGGAAAAUAUUGCAGAGGGCUCCAUGAAAGAUGUAAAUGAAGCGAAAUCGGUAACGUUUUCAGAGAGUAACACGGAAGCGACUAAAGAUGUGCCAGCAGGUGAAGACAAAAUGAAAGCGGUCAUAUCGGAAAAUUCCGAUUGCGGUUACGGUACUCAAAUUGAAAACCAGGAGUCCGUUUCAACGUCCAGUAACGAUGACGAACUACCCUCUGAGAAGCCGGUUCACCAGAAACCGCAUAAUCCAAAACAACGGGUCAACACCAAAUCUCGUAGCGGGGUAACGGUGCAAGAACGGAAACGUAAAAAAAUUGUCAAAAGAGGAAAAUCUAACAUAAUCAACGUACAAGGGCUGUCUCAUAAAACUCCAACUGACGACGACAUAUCUAACAUCUUGAAAGAGUUUACUGUCGAUUUCUUAUUGAAAGGCUACAACGUCCUUGUUCAAACACUUCACAGUCAGAUACUCACGAAUUUACAACUGGAAAUCGAUACGUCGCAUUUCUUUUGGUUGGUCACGUACUUCUUGAAGUUCGCUACGCAGAUAGAGCUGGAUCUAGAACAUCUCUGCUCGGUCUUGUCAUUCGACAUCGUCUCAUACUUGACCGCCGAGGGCGUCAACUUGUGCGAACAAUUCGAGCUGGCCGUCAAGUUAGACGGUAAUGGUCUCAAGCCGUGCAUGAGGAGGCUCCAUUUGGUUGUAACAGCGAUAAGAGAAUUGGUUCAAGCAAUCGAAGUGUACAAAAAGAUAUCGUUCAUACGCAAAGACGACAGGGAGGCGCUCAUAAAAUUGCAAAUCAAAAUGUGCGAAACCGAUGAGCUGAGAUCUCUGAUGGUGUUGUUGCUCCGCACUUACAAUCCUAAGUAUCACACCAAACAAUAUUUACAGGAUAUAAUAGUAACGAAUCAUAUUUUACUAUUGUUCUUAGACAAUGUGAUGAAGAUGACCGAAUACAAUGGCACGACUAAUAUGGUGGACCAUAUAAAACAAUUCGCUACGCCCGAAAUAAUGUACCAAUACGGGUUGCUGCUAGAGGAUUACGCCAGUAACGGAGAGUUUGUGAACGACUGUAUCUUCACGGUAAUGCACCACGCGGGAGGCGAACUAGAAAGCCUGAUAACAUUGUUCCAACCUAAGAUACUUAAGACGUUCACUUCGAUUUGGAAAUCGGAAUUCGAAAUUUGCGAUGAUUGGUCCGAUCUCAUCGAAUACGUGAUCAAUACGUUUAUAAAGAAGCCGCACACGUUACAAACCAUGGCUGACAUUAGGCUUGACACGGAGAACUUUGACGACGAAAUAGUUUCGAAGCCUGUCACGACGCCGGAAGAUGUCGCUGGUCCGCGCACUAACGAUAUAGCCAAGAAGAAUAACACAAUUAGUAACGCCAGUAACGCAUCUGUGGAAACGUGGACAGAAGACGAACUAAGCUCAUUGAAUUGGAACUACAUGCAAUGUAAUUCUCUAUCCGAUGUUAUCGGCGAGAUUGUGAAGUUGUUCAAAGAUUACGGAACUUUUAAAUCUAGACAAUCUAUUAUCACACAGCUGUAUAAACAGAACAUUAUUGAUAAAGAUAAAUUUGAGACGUUUUUGAACGCCGAAAAACAGUGGAACACCAGAACUGUAGAGCUAAACAAGGAGACGAGAGACGACGAGAUCGGCAAACUAUGCGAGCAGCUGGCGAACGACGGGAAGUCUAACUUCCUAGAUUGGGUACAGAAAGUACUUUUGGAUACCUGCUGCGCUAAAAUAUAUAUCCAGAAGAAAUCGGCCACUAAAUUCCUGGCCGACCAAGCUGACUGCAAGCUACUCAAUUUUGAAUUGUUCAAGAAGAAAUCGGACUUUCCGUCUUUGUCGCCAGUGUCCUGCCAUUCAUUGCUGUUCAACCAAUCUGUUCCAUUGGUGCCGUGGAACUGCAGACAAGCCAGUAUCUGCAAAGACUUGAAGUUUCUGCAGCUUUUACACAAGCUCGGCUUCCACAUGCCCGUCGAUUCCGGGAAAGUGUUUAUAAGAAUUCCUCAUUUUUGGACAGCGGAUUUUCUUUUCGAGGUCGCCGGAAAGAUAGCGCCCAUCGAUAAAAAAACGCUGAAAUUCAAUAUAGACGACCUACAGAAUAGUAUGACGCACGAGAAAUAUCGAAAUCUUAUAGUUUUAACUACGAAUUAUACUAAAGAUAUUACUAUGGUGGAAACCUCUGAUAAUAUUUAUCAAGUGCACAAACAAAAGCAUCUCGCCACAAUGGUCAACUUUACGCCUAUGCCUGGCACUUCAUUCGGUACGCAAAGAGAUGACGAAAGACGCAACUGGUUGGAGGUGGUUAAAAAGUCGCAAGAAUAUAAGAUUACAUUGAAUUUAGGAAGGUUAGUGGGGGAGGAAGACGACAUACAGCCUGAUGUAGUGAUGAAGUUGCCGUCGAGCGAGCCGUCGGAGUCGCUCCCCGCGCCGCCCAUCAGUGGGAACAUCACCGACACAGAGUACUACAACAACAGCGUAUGCGAAACAGCUUCGGUGGCGUCCGAUCUCACUCGAAUGUACGUUUCGGAUGAAGACGAGAAACCGGAAGUGGUACUACGGCCUGUCCAUGAGGUCAACAACUUGGCUGAAUCCAGUGACUCCGGCAACUUAAAACGUCCGCGUGUACAAUUUGCGCCCAAUUUCUGAUUCCAUACGUAGUGGAUAAGUAGCUGUCGAAACGAUAGUGUUUAAGUUUACCUCAAUAAAUCUUAAUAAAAUAUACCUAAUAUUAAUUUUAUCGUAAUUAAAAUAACUAUCUAUUUUGAAAAAAAAAAAAAAAUAUCUAUGUAUGAAAUAUAUAUUCCAAAUGUGUUGUAGUUAGUGCAACUUCAACGUGUUUAUUACAUUAUUAUUAAAACAGAUUAGCUUUUGUGUUUAAACCAAUGCAUUUUGAUAGUACGUAGGUACAAUUUUAUAUAAUAAUAUAAUAAUAUGUAUUCUAUUAAAAAAAAAAAAACAUUGUUGUUGUACACUUUUCCACCUACCAUUUACUCUUGAUUUUGGUUUACUUGGAGCUCACCUCAUGUACGAAUUUAACUCAUCUCGUGUACAGAACACUUACACAGUUCUUUUCUGAUGUUUUUCUGUGCACUCUAAAGUAUAAUUAAAUAAGAAUUUCUAUACGUUGUAACUCGUGACUAUGCGAACACACAGCUAUAAGGGAAGUUUCAAUAGAUUUAAUAAUAGUUUAUUUUUUUAUAAUUUGUUGUGUUGUGUUAGACCUUUAAACGUAGUGUAAACAAAUAGUUUUGAUAGAAUUGCAUUAAUCGAAAUAAAAAUAUACCUCUGAA